AUGCGUGCUCAAACUCUCCUUGCCGCCAUUGUGGCCUGCGCUUCGGUGGUCUCUGCCGCUCCGGUCGCCGUCGAAGCCUAUGGCCCCCCCAUCAGCCCUCACAUCAUCUCCAAAAAGGACACCGUCGAGGCGUACGGCCCCCCGCUCAACCCCCAUAUUCCGGCUGUUGAGUCCAAACGCGAGACCACUGAAGCGUACGGACCCCCCACGAACCCGCACAUCAUCUCCAAGAAGGAUACGGUUGAAGCCUACGGGCCGCCUGUGAACCCCCACAUCCCCGCCGUCGAGUCAAGGAGAGACGGCGUCGAGGCCUACGGUCCCCCGACAAACCCUCACAUCAUCACGAAGAAAGACGUUGUCGAGGCUUAUGGCCCUCCCAUCAGCCCGCACAUCAUCGCCAAGGAGUGA